UAAAGAGAUCGCGUUCGCGUUGCGCACACGUUUGGCGACACCAACGACUACGCGUUCGGUGGGAUUACUACCCCUUGUGUUGUGGUGCGCGUUUUCAGUGCGGUGUGCCUAGUGUCGCGUGCUACUCGUGUUUCGCGCUCGUCAAUCGCUUGCCGAACCUCUAGUGUUCUCAUUUGAAAGUAAUUAAUUUUUCGUCACCGUCGUUGCUUCACGUGCGAUAACAAUAAUAAUAAUAAUAAUAUGAUUAACGGCGAAAGCGGCGACGGCGGCGGCGGAGUGGCAAAACCGACGCCCCCGCCGACGUUGCCCAAGUCUUACACUCCGAGCGCAGCGGCCGCGUAUCGUCUGGCCAGCAUGGAACGCCUGGCCCAACGUCAGCGAAUUUUCGAACAGGGCGGACCGGCGCCGCCUUCGUCCACCGCCGGCACUGCCACUACUGUCACCGCCACCGCCGUGACUGCGAUCGCGUCCGACGAUCACCAGCACCACCAGUCGUCGCCGGCCGGACCUCCUCCACCCGUCACCGCACCUAAACCUGUGCUCGGCACCAAGUUACAAAGCAAACGGGAGUUGUUCUUUAAGAAUGACGUAUCAGCAAAUAGUGCAAUCCCUGGUACUCAAUCUGCUGUUCAGUCAAAUUCCAAUUCAACUUCUCCAGUGCCCCAUCAGAACUCUGUUACCAGUAUAAAAACUAAUCAAAGUACAAAUUUACCAUCAACUGCACCAAUGAAUUUACCACGAGUACCAGUUGUUGUUAAACCUGAGUCCUCAACGGAGCCUACAGAAAAUAAAGAAAAACUUUUAAAAACAGAUCAAUCUGGAACUGGAAAGGCUAACGAUAGGAAAGUAAAGAAAUUAGAUGGAUAUGUUGGAUUUGCCAAUUUACCUAAUCAAGUAUAUCGCAAAGCUGUAAAGAAAGGCUUUGAAUUCACUCUUAUGGUUGUUGGUAGAUCUGGUCUUGGGAAAUCCACCUUAAUUAAUACUAUGUUCUUGGCUGACAUAUAUGGCAAAGAACACCCUGGACCCUCUUUACGUGUUGGUAAAACAGUACGAGUUGAAACUAAUAGAUGUAUGUUGAAAGAAAAGGGCGUAAAUCUUUCACUUACUGUAGUUGAUACACCAGGAUUUGGUGAUGCUGUUGACAAUUCUGAUUGUUGGCAACCAGUACUUGAGUAUAUCGAAUCAAGGUAUGAAGAAUACUUAAAUGCCGAAUCUAGAGUUAAUAGAAAAGUACAACAUGAUAGUCGUGUACACUGUUGCUUGUAUUUUUUGGAGUCAAAUAGUCAUGGAAUGACACCUUUAGAUGUAGAAUUUAUGCAGAGACUUCAUGACAAAGUGAAUAUAAUACCUAUUAUUUCCAAAGCAGAUACCAUGACUCCAGACGAAGUGACAGAGUACAAAAAACAGAUUUUAAAAGAAAUUGCUCAGCAUAAAAUCAAAAUUUACGAUUUCCCUGAUUCUGACAAAGAUGAAGAUCGUGAAAAUUUAAAAAAACUUAAAGCACGAGUGCCAUUUGCUGUUGUUGGAUCAACUGAAGUACAUGAAGUGGAUGGAAAGAAAGUGCGAGGUCGAAAGUAUCCCUGGGGUUUAGUUGAAGUGGAAAAUCUUGAUCAUUGUGAUUUUGUUGCCUUAAGAAAUAUGUUAUUGAGAACACAUUUACAAGAUCUAAAAGAAGUAACUAGUAAUGUACAUUAUGAAAACUUCAGAUUUAGAAAGUUGGCUUGUUUCUCAGCCGAUGGUCCAAAAGGAAUGACCAACUCGUGCGCCCCAGGAGCAAUCAACAAUUCCUUCGUUGCUGUUUGGAAUCCAUUAGCCCAAAUGGAAGAUGAAAAACGUGAUCAUGAUGCCAAACUUAAGAAAAUGGAAACUGAAAUGGAACAAGUGUUUGAGAUGAAAGUCAAAGAAAAAAAACAAAAACUUAAAGAUUCAGAAAUUGCUUUGCAACAAAAGAAUGAACAAAUGUUGAAAAGAUUAGAAUCUGAAGCUAGUGAAUUGGAUGAAAGACGUAGGCAACUUGAAAUUGAAAUCAGAGACUGGGAAUCUAGCAGUGGUGUUAGUCUUGACGAACUUAGAAGGCGGUCAUUAGAGAGAGAAACUACCGAUGGAAAAGAGAAGAAAAUCAAGAAAAAAGGAUUAUUCUGAAACGAGUAGUGCCAUAAUAAUAUGUAUAAAAUCAUAUUAUUAUUUAUUAUUAUAAUUCGACUAAUUAUUAUUUGACCAAGUUGUAUGAAUUGGGUACAAUCUCGUUUGAACAGUUGUAAUUUAACAUAGACUGUCAAACUUGUUACCAGUAAUGUGUGUGUUUAACACAUUUAUAAUAAUAAUAUUCUUUUUAUUUUUACUACCUUAAUUUUAAUGAUUUAGUCUUAAUAAUCUUAUUGAUUCAUUGAUCAUUGUAAUAUGCAUAAUAUGCGUAAUAUACAGACAUUAUUUGAAUAAUUAAAUAACUUGUAAGUAUUUACUAUAGGCAAAUUGUUUUUCAGUUCCAUAGUGUUUAAAUUUUAAACGAAUGAAGCUCAAUUGUGUAAUCCAAAUAUAAAUAAAUAUUACUGCCUGAAAUUUAUCAAAAGCGUAAUUUGUAAGCAAUCACUAACUGACUAUUUUAUUCAUUCCAAGAAUAACAUCAUUUAAUUUUAAUUGAUGAUGACAUCCCUGUAGAAUAUUGUUCUUUUUUUCAUUUUAAGUUUAUUCGGCAGUAAAAUAAUGUUUGUCAAUAAUCAUAAGUAUUAUUAUUUUUUUUCUCGACACAGAAAUCCAUAAUUUUUAAUUGCUAGUUAUUAAUAAAAUAAUAAUUUCGUCAAUAACUAUUACUGAAUACAUUCCUUUAAUAGUUAAACUACGAACAAACCCAUUAUUAAAGCCGUUUAUGCAUUGCUCAAAGUUUUUAUGGAUUUUAUUUAAUAAAAUAUUCUUUUAUUUAGUAUAUUAUUUGUUUCUAUAAAUAUAAUAUAUUAUCGCUUGAUUACUGAUUAUAGUAUUAAUUAAAGUGCCCUAACAUUAUGUCCAUCCAAUAGUGCUUACUUUACAAACUUACAAACUGGUAAUUUUUAAUUUUUAUUAAUUUUUUUUUAUUUGGGAAUAUUGUUAAGGAAGAAAAUUUUAAUUUUAUUUUUGUAUGAAUUUAAUAUAAAUAUAUAUAUAUAUAUAUAUAUAUGUAUAUUAAUUCUUUUACUAUUGUAUUGUAAUGAAUCUUGCCUCUGGUAUCUGUAACGAUUAUCUUUUAUAUUAAUUUUAUUUUAAAUUCAUAUACACUUUUAAAUGUGUGUAUUUCUAUAUUUACCAUACCUAAUUAAUAAUUUUUGGACUGUUGAAAUAGUGAGUGAUAUGUCCUGCACAGUAUCAAUUUAAUUGUUAAAAAACAACUUUGUGCUUUCCAUUAAGUUUAUUUCUCCACCGUGAGUAUCUACUCAAUAUUGUUAAAUCAUACGGUAUAUUGUAAAUAUAUUUUUAAAUACUAUUAAGAAAAUAACUAGUAAUUUUUAGAUACUAAAUUACCUACGUAAACUAAAUAUUUUUAGUAUUCU